AUGGAGGGUAUGACCAGAGAAAAACACGAGUCAUUAAAAUUUUACAAUUAUCUUUGCCAAAAGAUUGGAUCCGAGGAGGUUGUAAGAAUAAGGAGAUUGGCUUUGGUUAUUUAUGACAUUGGACUAAAAAAUACCAUAACCAGUGGUAGUAAAGGUGAAGGACUCGAUUUGAAAGGAAGUGAUAUAGAUGUCAUGUAUAUAGAUCGUUACUUUGAAGUAUAUGAAUCAGAAACAGAAAAAAUAGUUCUCGACAGUCAUAGGUUACCAUUCGUUAUGAACACUGAUGAGACCCAACCAUGUUAUACACAAUUAUAUCUUAUAACUCAUCAUCAGAAUAAAAAACUAAUUUUUAAUGUUUCCGGAGGCCUUUUAAAUGUGUUAGAAAUGAGUCACCUGCGAUAUGUGCUUUCUAGUGAACAAUAUAAGCAAUAUUGUAUGUCGGUUUAUUGUCGGUUUAAAUCGCCAAAACAAGUUCAUGGUCCAUGUAUUUCAGGUGGAAAUGGUGAACAUGAUUUCGCAUGGUGUCUUAAAUGCGAUACAUGGAUAUGUCAAGCAAAGCCAUGGGUAGGAAGACCUCGUACAGCAUGGCCUUCACCUGAACUUAUUUCCAAAAUAAUAUCCUGUGGUGUGUUAUUUGUUCCAAUUGGAUGCAAAGGGUCUAUAAAUCAAAACAUUGAAUGGCGAAUUUCAUUUUCUGUAGCGGAAAAUUUUUUAAUAUUUUCCUUCAGCCAUACACAAUUAUUAUGUUAUGCUAUUUUAAAGAUUUUGCUGAAGGAACUAGUAGAGAAACAUCAGGAUUUGAAAGGUUUAUUGUGUUCAUAUUUCAUAAAAACGUUGAUGUUUUGGAUAUUAGAAGAAACAGAUCUCUAUGUAUGGAGACCAGAUAACAUCAUACCAUGUUUUAUGGCAUGUCUUAAAAGACUGCUCUACUGUGUAAGAUACUCAAUAUUGUCACAUUAUUUUAUUCCAGAGAAUAACUUGUUCUUAUUAAGGUUUAAUACUAAUAACAAAGAAAAAAUUAUCACAAUACUUUCGAAUUUUUAUGGACAAGGAAUUAAUUGUUUUGCAUCCUCUGAGACUUUACAAGAUUAUCAAAACUAUUCCGACGAAUCCACCGAAUCCUUAAUCAGCAGAAACAUCAGAUUCGUACAACAAAUAAUGCCAACAUUUUAUACUAUUCGUAGAAUGUUAGGAGCUGAUCAAAUUUUGAGACUGUUGUAUAAUUUCCUUCAUAGUUCCAGAACUGGGACAUCUAGACUUUUAUUCGCUUUACAAAUAGCAGAAGCAUCUAUGGUUGUUGCAGACAUAUAUCUAUACCCAAACAGAUCAGGAAACAAACAUUACUACUUCAGUUACAUACACGUACUUAGUCAUUUGACUAUCGGUUUAAAUAUGGAUGCAUUGUCAGGAUUACUGAAGUUAGCUUCUUUCUUGUAUGUUCACAAAAACUACGAGGCCUCAUUAAACAUGAUAGCAUAUAUAUUGCAGAAAUGCACAGACGAGAAAUUUGAUAUGUCAUUUAUUUAUCAAGAAAGAAUUGUAAUCCUUAUUCAAAAGCGCGUGCUGAAUCUUAUGAAAAAAGAAAAACUUGAAACAAUAAUGAAAUCUUUAAUAAUUCAUUCCUGUUAUUUUGAACAGAAUUCUUCAAUAAUUCCACAGGAACUGCAACUAGAUGUUUCAGGAAUGCGUAAUGUAUUUCUUCCCUUACCAUUUGCACAUUUCCUUAACUUUCUAUGUUACUACCAUCUACAUGACAUUUCAUCAUGUAAACAGUCUUUACAACGACUUGAACAGGUUCAACAGAGACUUUCACACUGUAGUACUGAAGUUUUCAUUCCAGACACUCUGAAUACAGUAAUUUGUUGCGGCAUCGCUCGCCAGCUAAUCGGUGAUACAUUCAUUGCUAGGAAAGAUUUCAAAGUAGCUGCUGCACUUGAUGAAUAUAAUAUAACUAGUGCAGCAUCAAGGCUGUUCAAUCUCAUCUGA